GAAAAAAGAAAAAAGACGGGUUGGAGUUGGCCACUCCAUUUCCAUCGCUUAUCUCUCGAGUCUCGUUCUUCUCCUCCUUCGAUCGAGAGAGAGAGAGAGAGAGAUGGCGGUGCUGAGUGCACUCGCGCCACUGUCGACGACCUCUUCGCUUCCCAUGAGUUGGCCUACUUACGGCGAUGGUUCCAAGCACACCACGGUGGCCUCGUGCCACCAUCUGAUCGAUCUCGCUCCCUCGACUCGUCUCUCCAAGCUCUCCCCCUCUCUCUGCACGCAAUCAGGAACUCUUCCUGCUACAAAUGGAUGCCCGUGGAUGCUGGGCUCUUCCAUUUAUCACCUAACUGGCGGCAGCAGAUGGAGGCUGAAACCAGUUUACUCAAUAUUCCCUACCUCGCCAGCCCAAGUUUCCUCUGUACAGGACCUUUUCGAUUUUAUUUGCUCAGGUCCUCUCUUUGACAAGUUGGGUAUGACCCCAGAAAAGGUGGCCGAGUCAGUUGAUAAAUGGUUGGCUUAUGGCUUACACCUCUGUCGGUUGUUUCAACUCAAUGAGCUCUACCUCACAUUUCCCCAAAAGGCUAGGUUUUAUCACUACUAUAUUCCCGUCUUCUUGUGGUGUGAAGAUCAGAUUUCUCAGCACUACUCCAAGUUCAAGGAGGGGGAAGAUAUCCCACCUCUUGUGAUUGGUUUUAGUGCUCCCCAAGGUUGUGGCAAGACAACACUAGUUUUUGCCCUUAACUAUCUUUUCAAGGUCACUGGCAGGAAAUGCGCAACGUUAUCAAUAGAUGAUUUUUAUUUGACGGCAGAGGAUCAGGCGAAACUGAGAGAAGAAAAUCCAGGAAAUGCACUUCUAGAGUUGCGUGGAAAUGCAGGAAGCCAUGAUCUUCAAUUCUCAGUUGAAACACUCACUGUUGUGACCAAUUUGACUAAAGAAGGCAUGAAGAUGAAGCUACCUCGAUAUGACAAAUCUGCUUACAAUGGAAAGGGUGACAGAGCUGAUCCAUCAACUUGGCCAGAAGUGGAGGGGCCAUUAACGGCUGUUUUGUUUGAAGGUUGGAUGCUUGGAUUCAAACCCUUGCCAGCAGAUGUAGUCACAGCUGUCGAUCCACAGCUAGAGACUGUAAACAAGAAUCUUGAAGCUUAUUAUGAUGCGUGGGACAAAUUCGUCAAGGCAUGGAUAGUCAUCAAGAUUCAGGACCCUAGUUGUGUCUACCAAUGGCGCUUGCAGGCAGAAAUUGCCAUGAGAGAGGCCGGAAAUCCCGGGAUGUCUGACGAGGAGGUUAAAGAUUUUGUCUCCCGUUACCUCCCAGCAUACAAGGCGUAUCUGCCGACGCUCUACUCCGAAGGACCAAACGGGUCGGACCCUGAGCAUCUCCUUGUCAUCGAAAUCGAUGAAGGGAGAAACCCGUUGUAGGUAGCUUAAGUGACUGAAACUUUCACUGCCAUUCUGCUUUAGGAAAUUCUUUCUUUUUCUUGGAUGUUGGGCCUGUUGCAUGGUCAGUCUUGUUUUCAUAACAUGCAAUCUUCUGCUGUUAGUCACUGUAAAUUGUAAAUGCUAUGUGAAAUUUCGACAUGUAAAUA